CGUAUACUAUAUGAGAUUAUAUUAACAAAAAAUAUCAUUGUUUGAAUUGGUAGCUGAAUUACUCAUCAAUGCAUUCAAAUCAUAUACUUACUAUAGUUAGUAUGUAUUAAUACUGGCUAUAUGUGGUGGUGAACAAGUGCUACUGAUGAUGAUGAAUUUUGAUGAGCAACUGAUAUUGAACAUAGUAGAUUUUGUUGGGCAACAGCUACUGAACCUCGUAGAUUUUGUUGGACAACAACUACUGAACCUCGUAGAUUUUGUUGGACAAGCGAUAUUGUAUCUAGUAGAAGUGCUACCGAACCUAGUACAUUUUGAUCGGCAACUAAUAAAUUUUCACUGGGAACACCUACCGAAACUGGUAUAUUUUACUUGGCGAAUGCUACUUAACGUAGUAAAUUUUUGUGGGCAGCUACUGAAUUUUGUUGGGCAACUGAUACUGUACCUAGUAAAUUUUGGUGGGCAACUGCUACUGUACGUGGUAUAUUUUGUUGCGCAGCUGCUACUGUCUCCGGUAAUUUUUGUUGUGAAACAGCUACUGUGCCCGGUAUAUUUUGUUGCGCAAUUGCUAUUGUUUGCUGGGAAACUGUUACUGAAGCUGGUAAAUGUUGGUGGGCAGUUGCUACUCAGCUUGGUAAAUUUUGGAUGCCAAUUGCUACUAAAACUAGUAUAUAUUGGUGUGCAACUGUUGGAGAAGCUUGUAAAUUUUGGUGGGCAAGAGUUAUUGGGGCUCAAAAAUUUUGAUUGCCAAGUGCUAUUGUUGUUGCAGAAUUUUUCCGAUCAAGUGCCACUGACGCUUAAGAAUUUUGAUUGGCUAGUGAAGAAUUUAUGUGGCCAACUUGUGAAUCGGUUCAAAAGGAUCAAUCACUGGUUUCACUUAGCUUUACCCCAGCUCAUAACCAUCGCGCUGUUUCUAGCUCUCUUCAUAUAUUAUUGUUACCGCCAUAGUAGAUUGCUGCCCGAAGAAGACGUAGCCAAGAAGUUGAAAGAGUUUCUGAGAAGAAAGGAGGCUGAAAGUAUUCGUUUAUCGGAACUUGAGAAGAGGCAAAAGCAGCGUGUGGAGGAAAUGAGAAAAACUCAAAAGAAGGACCUAGAGAAUAUGAAGUUGAAGGAGCAGAUACGAGCCGAAGUUGGCAAGGAAAUCAGUAAGAUUGAAAUGACGUGCCGUGAUAUGGCAUCAGUGUUGCGCGGAUUGGGUAUCACUGUUGGUAAUGGCACUAGUCGUGAGGUGCGCGUUGCUUACAAAAAAGCCCUGAUGAAAUUUCAUCCGGAUAAAACUUCAAGAUCUGAUAUACGACAGCAAGUUGAAGCUGAGGAGAAGUUUAAGCUUAUUUCUCGAAUGAAGGACAAAUUCUUACCAAAUUUAUAGUAGUGUCUCUCUGGUUAUGCAAGUUUUUAGUACUAGUAGACGUAUGUAUAUACAAGGAAAAUAUUAACUCUCCUGACUAUAUUACAUAAUCUGAAAAUCUGCUAUCAUAAUGUGUUCUCUGAUGAAAACAGUGCAAAUAACAAUUCCUUUUUAGGAAAGAUUGAGGAAUAUUUUAUCCGGUUUAA